GCAUCAUAACAUGAAGCGCAGCAAGCGCGUCCUACCACACUCGCCUUCGGCUUCCACUCCAAAUUGUCUGCCUUAUCUUAACGGCCAUUCUCCUCAGCCAUCGUCUUUUAACUGUCAUUUGAUGCACAGAGAUUCCGAUACUGACACCUCAAUAGAUGCUUCGGCUUUCCAAAGCUCUCCUUUGCUCCCACGGUCAAGGCUUUCCGCCAUUCAUUGCUCUCCUUUAGAAAUAAAACUCGACAAGCCUAGCGACAAUUUGAAUGUCAGUAACGAACCUUCUUCUCCGGAGAUUUCAACUUCCGCUGUAGAUGUAUCAGAUCGGAUUUCAAAAAGUUUCAUGGGUGAUCAUUUUCAGCACAGUAUUUCAUACGCCCGUUACAUGGAGCACCGAGCCAUCCAACUUUCAAAUCGUCUCAGCCAGUCCUCAAAUAUCUCUAUGAGCCCACGGUUACUUUUCACAUCGGAUUCCAACACAUCAGGCAAUCUUGCUGACUCUCUGCAUUGCCACAAAAAGCGUCAUUCGAUGUUAGAUGACAUAAAUAUGCAAUUGUAUUUCAAUAUUAGCCAGCAAACUGUCUCUACUGUUGAACGUUUUGCUCGUUAUGCCGAACAUUGCCCGGAAGAGAUUAAUCGUCGUACAAUAAAUAGAUUUAUGAACUGUCCGUCGGAUGAAAAGGACAUGGAAGAAAAGCCAAAAAUAUUUAAUCCCAUUUUCAAUUGCACAGCACUUGCUGGCACGUUUUCUAACCUAGAAGAGCUCUCUCGAACCCACUUAGCUGUUUUAUACAGAGCACGACAUCGUAUAAGUGGUGUCCUUUAUUGUCUCAAGCGCUCGAGAUGCGAAUUUGAAAUUGAGCGGUUACAUGGAAGUUCUUCUGUAGAGAUGUACAAUGAGGUCCAAGCACUAUCGGUUCUUCAGCAUCCAAACAUUGUCCGCUACUAUUCUUCAUGGUAUGAGGCGGAUUCGGUCUUCAUACAACUUGAAUUUUGUCUUGGGGGUAGUCUUUUCCACUACCUCCACCCAGAUAGACAGCAUGAUACCUCCGGAUUUGUGGCAUCUCGGCAUGCAUCUGGUGAUGGUCCUGAUAUGCAUCUUGUCAUGGACCAGCAAUCCUUUUCAGCAUCUUCUGGGGAUCACGAUGUCUCAGAAAUCAGACGUCAGCUUUCUGAGCGUUCCCUUCUCCUUCUUGCUGCCCAGAUCAUCGCUGCACUAAAUUUUCUCCAUUCGACAUGGUCAAUUGUGCAUGGUGAUGUGAAGCCAAGCAACAUACUUAUUCAGCUUGUUUCUAGGCCCGAGUCAUAUCUUGCUUCUAUUCGUGAUCACGCUGAAACAGAAGCUAAGAGGUUAUGCCAAAAGGUAGUAAAAUUUUAUAGCUUCUUGUAUAAUCAAUAA